AAUAGAAUCUGAUCUCUGGGGCAUAGCGAGCUAUAGUAUCUGGAAGGUUAACAGGCGUUCUUAUACUGCUCUAACAUCUUUAACAACAAGACUUGGACAUUGACAGAGGGAAACUCUGAGGCUGAUUUUUUUUAACCUUCUUCAGAAACCACAGCUUGGUGAGGUCUCCAGUCUGAGAAAAAACAUCAUGGUCUGUUCCUCUGGUAUCUUGUGGGUCUGGAUUUCCCUACUUCUUCCUCUUCAUGGCUAUGUGACAGGUUAUCCCAAGCCAAAAAUGUCUGGAUCAUCGAAAGACACCAGAAACUGUACAGCAACUCCUCCGUACUUACCUCCUACAGUGAUCAAUACAAGCGAGCGGCUGAGCAUCCUGCGGCAUCACAUGCAGUCUUACAACCUCUCUGCCUAUAUUGUCCCUGCCACAGAUGCACACAUGAGUGAGUAUAUUGCAGAACGGGACAAAAGACUAUCUUGGAUGACAGGCUUCACAGGAUCAUCAGGGACUGGUGUCAUCACUUUGCAGAAGGCAGCCCUCUUCACAGACAGCCGCUAUUGGAUCCAAGCUGAGCGCCAAAUGGAUUGCAACUGGGAGCUGCAGAAGUCAGUUUGGAUUCCCUCUAUUGGGCAGUGGAUAGUUAAUGAAGUUCCUGCUGGGAAAAGGAUUGGAUUGGACCCCUACCUUUUUUCCAUUGAUAACUGGGACAGCUACCUCCAAGUCCUGGAGGAUUCAGAUCGGAUCCUUGUUGACAUAAAUGACAACCUGGUGGACCUUGUAUGGGGUUCACAGAGACCUCUUCCACCCACCAACACAAUCUACCAGCUCUCAGACAACUUCACUGGGAGCACCUGGCAGGAGAAGGUUUCCCACAUCCGGACCCUGAUGGAGAAUCACAACAGGAAGCCCACCGCAGUCCUGAUCUCCGGUCUUGAGGAAACAGCCUGGCUCUUCAAUCUUCGAGGAAAUGACAUCCCUUACACGCCUGUCUUCUACGCUUACACCCUCCUCACCAAGACGACCAUCAGUCUGUUUGUGAAUCAGAGUCGACUGAGUGAGGAUGUAUCACAGGUGCUUUCAGCUGGGUGCCCAGGGUCCCUCUGUGUGACACUAGAAGAAUAUGGGCAAGUGAGUACGAGCCUAAGAAAGUAUGCACAGCAGGACGAUGUUCGUGUCUGGAUUGGAACUGAAUACACAACUCUGGGACUCUAUAGAGAAAUCCCUCAGGAAAAGCGCCUCGAAGAGAAUUAUUCCCCUGUCAUGAUCACCAAGGCGGUCAAGAACUCCAAGGGGCAGGAGCUGCUGAGAGCUGCCCAUGUAUGUAAGACCUCACAAGCAGAGAAACGUCACUAUGAUCAUGUACGAGAUGCUGUUGCAGUGAUCCGGUAUUUGGUCUGGCUGGAGAAGACUGUCCCCACUGGUUCUGUAAAUGAAAUAUCUGGAGCACAUUAUGUGGACCAAUUACGAAGAGAAGAGCUCUACUGCCAUGGGCCAAGUUUUGAAACUAUCUCUGCCAGUGGUUUGAAUGCAGCUCUGGCUCAUUACAGCCCAUCCAACACUACUAGCAGAAAAUUGACUAUGGAUGAAAUGUACCUGCUGGACUCUGGAGGCCAAUAUUUCGAUGGAACAACAGACAUAACCCGAACUGUUCACUGGGGGGAGCCCACAGCUUUCCAGAAGGAAGCAUAUACACGGGUGUUGAUGGGAAACAUUGACCUGUCGAGGCUUGUUUUUCCACCCAGAACAUCAGGGAGAAUGGUGGAGGCCCUUGCUCGCCGACCCCUAUGGGAAGUUGGACUCAACUAUGGUCAUGGCACUGGCCAUGGCAUCGGCAAUUUCUUGUCUGUUCAUGAGUGGCCUGUGGGCUUUCAGUCCAACAAUGUCCCUUUGGACAAAGGCAUGUUCACCUCCAUAGAGCCUGGUUAUUAUCACGAUGGUGAAUUUGGGAUCCGUCUUGAGGAUGUUGCAGUCGUGGUAGAAGCACAGACCAAGUACCCAGUGUUCGGAGAGCCCUACCUGACAUUUGAAGUGGUGUCACUGGUGCCCUAUGCCCGGAAUCUCAUUGACGUCAACCUCCUGUCUCAAGAGCAGAUUCAGUACAUCAACAGCUACUAUGAGUCUAUCCGCAAGCACAUCAGUCCCGAGCUACAGAGACGCCAUCUGAAUGAGGAAUACCAAUGGUUGCAGCGAAACACACAGCCGUUUUCCCGCUCCUCCCUGCUGGCAGCCUCCCUGGGUACCCUGGCUAUGGGCACUCUGGCCUCUACCUUUUUGCCUGGAGCAUAGAAAUGAAUCUGGGGUUGUCUCGUUUUUUUUCAUUCCUGCACUGAUGGCUGUUUCUCAUUUCUGAUUCCUCACUCAAGCCCCUACAGUCCCAUAUCUGGCCUCUAAAUACCAUUGCGACCAAACCUUAUCCAAUCAGGUCUUACCAGUGUCUUCUGAACCAGGCCAAAACAUUUUGCUGCUGGAGGCAGAACAUCACAGAGUGUCUCCAACUUCCCAUAGUCUAGGUACCUGGUUUCUCAGGCCGGUCAAGUUACUGUGACACUUGAGGGACAAAUUUUACAAAGGCCUCUUCCCCACCUCAGCAGAAAUAAUACAAUACAAAUAAUACAAUUUACUCAGACUCACUGUGUAAUGAUAGGACUGGACUGCUGAUGUCUCCACCUCCCUUCAGAUCAAAAACAUUCUGAAAUUGUGUGGGUUUCUUUCUUUGAACCACCUGCAUGUAGCCAAGAUGGAGCAGAACGUGGGUAUGAAGAGGAGAAAAAAUUGGGUUCUUUAGUUUAAGACUUCUCUGAAUGUUAACAGAAUCUGUGAUCACCUCAUCUUGCCGAAGAAUUCAACAAUGAGGUGAAAGCAAUAGUACUGAAUUUACUUCUUGUCAUUCCGUUUCUAUCGCCUACGGUUCCUGCCUUAAAAAGAGAAAGAAUUGAUAA